AUGUCUGCCGAUACAUCAGAUCUCACAAAGGUCGACUCCGCUAUUAGCGGUAUGGCCACUUCACCUCCCAAAGAAGGAACCAAACGAAGAACCACGUCUAGUGCACCUGGUGUAAUGAACCUCAAUGAUCUGGAGAAGGAAGGCACAAAGAUCUCUGUUGCGAUCGAGACACAGAAGACUGGAUGGAAACUCAACACCUCACCAACCUCUGUCGAAGAUCCUUCUAUGCUCAAGAAACACCUCACCGAACCUCCCGUCAAGAAGAUCGACCUCCACUUCCCCUUAGGACUUGAAGUUAGUGCACGAAACCUCAAAGGUGUAACGAUCAAAGAUGCACUAGAUGCAAUCCACAAGCAGUUCAAGAAGAAGGCCGACGACGAGAUGGAAGAGCCAUACCUCAAAGGUUUCGAAUGGGACCCUGAAGAAUCAUGGACGAGACUGAAGGUUCACUGUCAGAAAGAGGGUAUGCCAGUAAGCAAAAAGUCCAAAAAGAACAAGGACAAGGAAGAGGCAUAA